CUUCAAAUGCAAUACUAAUAAGGAAAUAUAAAUGCCGAAUAUGUAAGCGACUAAGCACAAUAUUAAUAACCUUAAUAACCUUAAGGAGGCUAUUAAUAUAUGCCUGUAUAAGGAUAACCUGUAAUGGGAUAGCCAGUUUAAUAAUAGUAUUAUUUUUUAGCAAAAAUAGAUAUCAAUAUUACCCGUAAGCAUAAGUUUAAUACUCUUAAUAACAAUAUGCUUAAUAUCCUUAAAGAGUUUAAUAUCAAAAUGGAUAUUAAUAGCAAAUGGUAAUUGUUCCUUAAUCAGCAUUCGUUGUAGCAGUUCAACCAAUUAAUCCAAUUGUAGUUAAAGAAAUGGCUUUGCGAUCAUACACAAGAUAGUAAUUAAUAUAUUAAGAUUAAGUUUCUAUGGAUGCAAUUGUUGCAUUGGAGUUCUUGCAAUGAUCUUUUUGAUUGUUAGAUGUGUUGCAGCAUUUGAAUAGGGAGGGGCUGAAAGAGCAGGGGGUGUCAUGUAUAUUAUCUCGUAAUUUAUAUCGUAUUUAUAACAGUAACUUCUUUUUUGUGAUUGGAGCUAUAUGUGGAAUUUAUUCAAUUAGUCGAUAUGUGGAAAAAAUCUUAUUGCACUAUCAAAUCUUAUUGGUAAUAGCCUUAGUAUUUGAACUCAUUGGAUCUAUUAUCAUUUUUGCAUCCUAUGAUCAAACUAAAGAAGAUGAUGAUUAUUAAGACGAAUAUUCAAAAAAUGAUAAGGAAAAUAAAAGAAGUGUAGAGUAUUUAAUCUCUUUAUUAAUUAAGAUUAAUCUUUUUCAUUAUCUCACUUAUUAUAAUUCUUAUUUGUUACGGAAUGUUUAUUAGAUAUGCUAGGCAAAUCAGAUCUAUGAUGAUUGAUUUGAAUAACACAAGGGUAAAUUAAAUGAAUUAAAAUGCAUAAUAAGGACCAGUACAAAACUAAGGAGCCGUUUAUGGAGGAGCUGUAUAAAUUUGA